AAGACGGUCGACUUUGAGACCCGACACGCUCAAGUGUUGUCCCAGCUCAAUAGCUUGAUCACGUCCGUGUGAAGUCAAAGGAGGAUCGUGCGGCGUGCCCGAUGAGCUGAACGCAUUGCCCCAUGCGGAGCCUGCCAUUCGGAAGCCAUGACGGGCUAUCAGGAUUGUCUCGACGGGCAUACACGGAAGCGCUUCCUGUCGGCAGUGACGCCCAAUCGACCGUCGACGUGGAGCUUUUCGCGAUGACGGCACUGCGCGAAUUUCGAGGGCGGCCAGCGAAGUCGACUGCCUGAGAAGAAUGAGUAGCUACGCAGCCGUAGCAGCACACGAUGCGCCCGCGCCGGAGGAUCAGCCCACACCGGCUCCAGAGCCACAAAUUAUCGUAGCCAAUGAUGCUGCAGUACACUCUCUGGCCGAUGUCGAGAAUCCGACGCCGGCAGAAGCGGCAGCCAUGUCGAGCACCGAACACGACCCGUCGACCGAAUCGCUGGCUGCAUCUUCAGACCUAAAACCCACCGCUGCUCCCUUCAAACCGUCUUCAUCGCCCAAGCCGACAGAAUCUCGUCAUCCCGCAGUCAAUGAGACGAAGCAGAACGCUCAGCAGACUUCAAAGGACGUCAAGUCCGCUGCGAGCAAGGUGGAGAACAAGUCGAAGCAAGAGGGCGCAAAGGCCAAGGCGGCCGUUUCCGAUUCUGCGGACAAGGCGAAUAAGAAAGCCAGUGAGGUUCGCAAAGAGGCCAAUGGCAAGGUGCAAGAGGUCAAGAAGGAUGCCGAGCCCUAUGUGAACAAGGCAAAGGAGGAGGCAGAGGCUGGAAAGCAGAAGGCCUCUCAACUCGCCGAGAACACUAAGCAAGGUGCCUCUGACCUCGCAAAGCAGGCAGAAAAGAAAGCCUCCCAGAUGCAGAGAGAUGCCGAGCCUUACAUCGAAAAGGGCAAAGAGAACAUCGAGGCGGGCAAACAGAAAGCAGCUGAAUUGGCAAGCUCAGCACAGCAGAACGCGUCGGACUAUGCCGCCUCGGCGCAGAAGACCGCAUCUGAUUAUGCUGCUACUGCCCAGCAAAAAUCAUCGGAGCUGGCUAGCUCGGCACAGAAGAAUGCGCAAGAAUUGUCCGAUGCUGCCAGUCAGAAAGCUCAGCAGCUCAAGAAAGAUGCUCAGCCGUAUAUUGCUGAUGCAGAGGAGAAGAUCGAGGCUGGCAAACAAAAAGCAAGCGAGCUCGCUGCUUCGGCUCAGCAAAACGCUUCUGAGCUCGCUACAUCCGCUUCUGCUCGUGCGCAAGAGAUUGCGGACCAGAUCCAGGCCGCAACGAGCAAUGCUUCUGCUUCUGCUCAGCAAGGUCUCUCGGACGGCAAACGCAAGCUGUCUGAGCUUGGCUCUGAGAUCAACGAAUCGGUCGACUCUGCGAGGAAGCGCACGGCCAGAGAUCUGAGAGACCCGGAGAAAGUGCGAUCGUACCUUGGCUUCAUCAAUGUCGGCGUCAUAGCUGCUGUUGCAGCGCUGGCUUUCCGACAUUGGGAGCAACCAAGAUGGGACAGAAGGAUAGUCACCGCCAUCUCUGCAAGUCUCAUAGGCUUUUUUGGCCUGCAAACGCCUUACGGGCAAGAUCAGUUCCAACGAGCGAGACGUGAUGUGGACGCCAAAAGACGACAAUAAGUGCAGACAUGAGCAAAGGCAUACAUACACGAUCUGCAAGAACUGUACAUCUGUAUCAAUGCAAGCAUGCAUAGUACCCAUC